GCAAACCUAGGCUCCAGAUCCGGUUCCAUGCCAUGUUUUGGAAGUCGUGUUUACGUCUGCCUUCAUCCUCAUCCCUUCCGCUCCAGCAUAAGCAAAAUUAUAACCCUGCACACUGACUCCCAUGCCAUUAUCAUAGCCUGGGUGCUCCUGCGUUGAGGGACUUCGCCCCCGGGACCGCUGACUGUCUGUGAAUGACAAAUCCAAAGUCAGGGGUUGCAGAAUCAGCUGGACUUUCCUGCUGUCUUGCAGCAGACGGAAGAAACGGAGAAUGAAAGAUUCUGAAAAUAAAGUGUAAAGAUCUCUCAUCUCUGUGAUGGUGUCAACUUGGCUGGAGUGAGGAUUACCCGGAGAACUGGUGCCUCAUCUCCAGACAUGGAGCCCAGCUAUGGGGGAGGCCUCUUUGACAUGGUGAAAGGUGGCGCAGGGAGGCUGUUCAGUAACCUGAAGGACAACUUGAAAGACACCCUCAAAGAUACAUCCUCCAGAGUCAUCCAGUCUGUUAGCAGCUACACAAAGGGAGACCUAGACUUCACUUACGUCACCUCCAGAAUUAUCGUGAUGUCAUUUCCUCUGGACAAUGUUGACAUAGGAUUCAGGAAUCAAGUCGAUGACAUUCGUAGCUUUUUGGAUUCCAGACAUCUUGACCACUACACAGUAUACAACCUGUCACCGAAGUCUUACCGAACUGCCAAGUUCCACAGCCGGGUCUCAGAGUGCAGUUGGCCCAUCAGGCAGGCUCCAAGUCUACACAACCUGUUUGCUGUGUGUCGAAAUAUGUAUAACUGGCUGCUACAGAACCCCAAAAAUGUUUGCGUUGUCCACUGCUUGGAUGGACGGGCUGCAUCAUCAAUUCUGGUUGGUGCUAUGUUCAUUUUCUGUAACCUCUACUCUACUCCUGGACCUGCAGUUCGAUUGCUCUACGCAAAGCGACCAGGAAUUGGAUUGUCUCCAUCCCACAGGAGGUACUUAGGCUACAUGUGUGACCUACUUGCAGACAAGCCCUACCGCCCUCAUUUCAAGCCACUCACGAUCAAGGCAAUCACUGUCAGCCCAAUUCCCUUCUUCAAUAAACAGAGAACUGGGUGCCGCCCUUACUGUGAUGUGCUGAUCGGAGAAACUAAAAUAUAUUCAACGUGCACAGAUUUUGAACGGAUGAAGGAAUACCGUGUGCAAGAUGGGAAAAUCUUCAUCCCCCUAAACAUCACAGCCCAAGGUGACGUCAUUGUUUCCAUGUACCACUUGCGGUCAACCAUUGGGAGCCGGCUUCAGGCUAAGGUGACCAACACACAGAUAUUCCAGCUCCAGUUUCACUCUGGAUUUAUACCACUGGACACAACGGUUUUAAAGUUUACCAAGCCUGAGCUGGAUGCAUGCGAUGUACCAGAAAAAUAUCCUCAGCUGUUCCAAGUGACACUGGAUAUAGAAGUACAGCCUCAAGACAAAGUGAUCGACUUAACUCCACCAUGGGAGCACUACUGCACAAAAGAUGUGAACCCCAGCAUCCUUUUUUCCUCCCAGCAGGAGCAUCAGGAUACGCUGGCCUUAGGGGGUCAAGCUCCAGCAGAUCUCCCUCCAGACCAUCCCAGAAAUCUUGGGCAAGGUGGCUUCUUUGCCUCUCUCUGUUGGCAAGAUCAGAAAUCAGAAAAGUCGUUCUGUGAGGAGGACCACGCUGCCCUAGUGAAUCAGGAAAGCGAGCAGUCGGAUGAUGAACUACUGACCCUCUCAAGCCCGCAUGGCAAUACCAACGGCGACAAGCCGCACGGAGCAAAGAAAUCCAGCAAAAAGCACCAGGAGCCAGCUGCCCCGCCUCCCCCGGAAGAAGUGGACCUGCUGGGCCUAGAAGGGUCUGACGUGGGCACGAACUUCUCUACCCUGGCAGCUCCUCCCAGCAAUUCUGAACUGCUGAGUGACCUGUUUGGGGGUGGAGGUUCCACAGGUCCUGCCCAGGCAGGACAGGCCGGGGUGGAAGAUGUGUUUCACCCAAGUGGACCUGCGUCCGCGCAGUCCACACCACGCCGUGCUGCCACCUCCGCCUCCGCCUCGCCAACCCUAAGAGUGGGAGAAGGUGCCACCUUUGACCCUUUUGCAGCCCCAGCUAAGCCGCCAGGUCAGGAUUUGCUGGGCUCCUUUUUGAGCACAUCCAAUGCUUCCAGCGACCCCUUUCUGCAGCCCACAAGAAGUCCUUCCCCUACAGUGCAUGCUUCUAGCACACCUGCUGUGAACAUCCAGCCAGACGUUGCCGGAGGUUGGGACUGGCACACCAAACCAGGGGGUUUUGGAAUGGGAAGCAAAUCAGCCGCCACCAGCCCAACAGGCUCGUCACAUGGCACCCCUACUCAUCAGAGCAAGCCCCAGACUCUGGAUCCCUUCGCUGACCUCGGGACACUAGGUGGCUCUUCAUUUGCUAGCAAGCCCACCACACCAACAGGGUUGGGUGGAGGGUUCCCACCUCUCAGCUCACCACAGAAAGCAUCCCCCCAGCCCAUGGGUGGAGGGUGGCAACAGCCGGCCGGAUACAACUGGCAGCAGACACAGCCUAAGCCCCAGUCCGGUAUGCCUCACUCCUCCCCCCAGAACCGACCCAACUACAACGUGAGCUUCUCAGCCAUGCCUGCUGGACAGAGCGAACGUGGGAAAGGAUCUACUAACUUGGAAGGGAAACAAAAGGCGGCCGACUUUGAAGACCUACUUUCUAGUCAAGGCUUCAACGCCCACAAAGACAAAAAGGGGCCUCGAACAAUAGCAGAGAUGAGAAAGGAGGAAAUGGCUAAGGAAAUGGAUCCUGAGAAAUUGAAGAUCCUUGAAUGGAUAGAAGGCAAAGAGAGAAACAUCAGAGCCCUACUGUCCACAAUGCACACUGUGCUGUGGGCCGGGGAGACCAAAUGGAAACCUGUGGGCAUGGCAGACCUGGUAACGCCAGAGCAAGUGAAGAAAGUGUACAGGAGGGCUGUGCUGGUGGUGCACCCAGACAAGGCUACUGGGCAACCCUAUGAACAAUAUGCGAAGAUGAUUUUCAUGGAGCUGAAUGAUGCCUGGUCUGAGUUUGAAAACCAAGGCCAAAAGCCCUUGUAUUAAUUUGUGAGCUUUUCUAUGCUGGCUGCAGCCCUGUGUUAAUGCUUAGUGUUUACCACAGUUCUGAGAUUUUCACAGAUGAACCAAAAAUUCCAGUAAUGUAUUUCCAGUACUAAACUGUUAAGUUCCUCGUGAAUUCAUUUCUCAUGGUAAGGAGUGGAACGGUUAGUUCCUUGAAGUCCAUAGCACUGAGAGGGGCCCGGUGAGCUGAUCUUGCAGAAUUAUGACAUUCCAGCCU